AGAUCACCGUUUUACAGGCCUUCACCUUCAUUAUGCUUCUACGAACUAAAAUCAUGAAAAUCGACAGUUUUUCAUAGAAUAUUCCUUGCAUGCGUUUUGACAAGGGCAAAUAUUUGGUAGUAAGACACGUUCAAAACGGAAUAACGCAGCCAAUGUCAUCAAGUGGAAAGCAUAAGAGUGCUAUGAUGUCAGCUGAAGUUAUGCCAGGCUCAUCGUCUGAAGUAGAGAAAGCUAUUGCUGAUGAAGAGGCAAAUGUUGCUAUUCCUGCCAAGAAGGCAAAGGUCGAGAAAGAUCAGCCCAAUUCUGAUACACCUGAAGAUGUUAAUGCUUAUAUGAAAAGGACUUACGAUGUGAGACGAAGUUACAUCACUGUUGAAUUACCUACUAUUAAUGAAGUGAAGGAAACUUACCCGGAACUAUUUGUAGACAGGCAGAUAAUGCUCGAGUUUGAGAGAAUAACUGAUAUAGAUUUAGAUCACGCCCUACAAGAAUAUUGUGUUUCACACUGGCGGGACAUUACCGAUAUGUGUCAUAAGAUUCCCAGUGCAAAAGAUUUAUUGAAACAAGCGGAAUGUGUUAAGAAGGACAGUCCGUCUUUGGAGCAGUACUGGGAUAUGGUUGCGUCGUUAUGUCUCGUCCCUUACAUGAUGAAGGAGAACCUGUGUGAUAUGGUGAUAGAAAUAGGCGAAGAUGAGCAGGUUGAUCCUAAAGGAAAAAUAGUUCCUGUGCUUAUCUCUAAAGGUAACGUUUUUAAGAGCGAUGAAUUUAUUCUCGUUGUAGAAGAAGAAGUUGUUCAGGAAUUUGAGGAGUUCACGAUUGCAUUUGCAAGUCUGUUUGCAACAUACUGGAUAUUUAACAUGGAAUACCCAGAUACUCUGGUGUUUACAUACAACUUUAUCCAGAAGGUUAUGGUAGGGCUUAAAGAUGGUACCACAUUGCCAACACCUUGUAAAGAAAUUCAGCAAAAGCUGAUCAAAAUGGCUAAAAUUCGCACAAAUAAAGACAAGCAAAAGUGAUUUCAGAAUAUAUAGUCAUGAAAAACUUUGCUAUUGAGAUGUUUCUAUUGAGAUGUUUUAAGCUUGUAAACUUUUCGUUAUAGAAAGUGAAGGCAGCAAAUAUUUGAUUAUUUUUAAGGAUGGAGAUGUUCUUUCAUUAGCCAACAGUACAAAUUACAGUAAAAGAUGAUGUACCUCAAUGAUGAUGAUUAUUGUCAAAACAAGUGUAGAUGUUUUAAUUUAGUGUAUAUAUGGUGUAGCUUGAACCUGAACUAAAUUUUAAAUAUGAUGGACCAAAAAUCAAUUAUUUUUACAGAUUGUACCUUAGCAAAGUUUAUAAUUUUUCUCUUCAACCUCUUUAGAGGUUUGACACAAGUGGAUGAAAAAUGCAUAACAAAGGCCAAUUGUUGAAAAUGGUAGUAAAUUUUCAGACAGAAAUUGAACUUUUUUUUUACAACAUUUCAUUGUUACUAUGUUUGUUUUAUUAAACAGCAUUGUUUUUUGUUGUGGCAUAUGAUAAUAAGAAGCGCCCUGAAUACUUGCUAACAAAGCAUGUCUUUUGUGAAAAUAUAAAUUGUACCAAGAAUUUCCUUUCUAAAAAAGACAUGUUUAUUUUUACAAUUCUGAUCCACCAUCACCCUUAUUUUGUUUUGCGAUCUUUUACAAAAUACCACUUACAAUGAAAAACAGAUGGUACUGUUUAUUAGUUCAUCUGUUUCAAAGAAAAAGUCCAGUGAUUACAUGUAUGAUCACCAUGUCAUGAUUGUCAUCGUCAUGCAAAAAACUUUAAUGUUGGUGACAUAGAAUACUUACUUAUCAUGACAAGCAAUAUGUUAUGAGUUAUGUCCCUUAUGUUCCCUUUUAACUUAGAAUAUUUGUAAAAAUUGGUUAUCCAUACGCAUUCACCAUAACAGACGAGCGUUAACACCUUAUUCGGUGCUCUUAUUUCUUUGCUGCAACAAAAGAAAAGUUCCACCGAAAGAUCAUUUUAUAUUUUU